UCCUUGUUUUGGUGUAUAACGAUGAUCUUAGCUGGUGCCGAGACGGAGCACCGUAUGAUCGAUUUUUAUUCUCCUACAAAACGGCUUUCUGUGACGCCAAUCUCCGCGAGGCGGGAACUCGGUAGCUGCUAGGAUAUGCCAGUGCGCAAUUCGUUCGUAGGAAAAUUUUUCACUAACGGCAGCGACACACCACCGAUUUGAUCGAUUCCUUCGCUGGCGUCCCAGUUGCCCCAGGCGGGGAUGAUGGUUUGAUGCCGUUUACGUAAAAAAGCUGUUUGCACUUGAUCAUAGAUUGUUGCUGUACGCGCGGGUUCGGCCUGGCCAGUCUGAAUUAGUAGAACCAGUUCCACGGGCUCACCCUUCGGUAGGGGAGAUUGCGAGUGUUCUCGGGCUAAUAGAUUCAGCGUUUCUCUUUUCCCUGCUACUGUGGUGCCGCCAGAUUCGCAAGUACGCGUCAGCAUUUUCAGUAUUCGUAAUGAACAUUCCGUCCAGUGUUAAGACUUGUGUAGUGGUUGCGGAUUUAUAGACUCGCCAAGUGAAUCUGCCAGUGAUAGCUGCGGCUGUUAUAUCUCAGUGAUAGAUGGUAAACAUUCCGAAAGCAACAAGUGACCAGUGACGGUAUAGUGUACCAGUUGAAUUCAACCAGUUUGAUUCGCACGAUCGUUGCUGUUCGAAAAGCCCAUAUACGUCCCCAAAAGCUAACAAGCCAGUCCUUCGCGCGCAAUGGAUGUCACCUUUGACAACAUCACCUAUACGGUAUCCACCGGCAAACGAGAAAAGAAAACCGUCCUCAAUGGCGUUUCGGGACGGUUUCAGUCGGGUGAGCUGACCGCCAUCAUGGGUCCGUCCGGUGCAGGCAAAUCUUCCUUACUGAACAUCCUUACCGGUUACACGACACAGGGAGUUAAGGGAACGCUUGCGUUCGGCAGCAGUGGCAGCACAAAUCGCAAGCUGUGCAGCUACAUUCUGCAGGAGGACUAUCUUCAGCCACUCUUCACCGUGCACGAGAUAAUGCUGAUGGCCUGCGAUCUGAAGGUUUCGUCCGACAGUCUUAACCACAGCGAAAAGCUACGGCUGGUUGACAAAAUUCUCGACACGUUACAGUUGAGCUACUGCAAGCAGACGCGCUGUGGCAGUUUGUCCGGUGGCCAACGGAAGCGUCUAUCAAUCGCACUGGAGCUUAUCGAUAAUCCGCCAAUCCUAUUUCUGGACGAACCGACCACCGGGUUGGAUAGCUCAUCAUCGCUGUACACCAUCAAACUGCUGCAGGGGUUGGCCCGCGAAGGGCGUACCAUCGUGUGCACGAUCCAUCAGCCAUCUGCAACGGUUUACGAAAUGUUUGACCACGUGUACGUGCUGGCUGAGGGCCACUGCGUCUAUCAGGGCUCGGCCCUGAACACCGUACCGUACCUGCGCUCGGUCGGGCUCCACUGUCCAGCGUAUCACAAUGCGGCCGAUUACUUGCUCGAGGUCACCAACAAGGAGUACGGUAACUUCACCAAAGCGCUGGCAAAGGCUGCAACCGAUCCGAGCUGGCGGCUGGGCCCGCUAGUUCCGGUGGUGGAUCGGCUGGCCGUUGGGGUACCGGUCAGCCCGCCGGCCUAUGACAGCAAUCACAACGACGCCAUCUAUCAGGGCCACCGGAAGGAAGUGGAACCGCUGACCGUAACGGUGAAGCAGCUGCCGGCCAAGCUGGACCAGCAGCAGCACCAACAGCACCGACCGUCCGAGUUUGCCAAACUGUUGAUCCUGAUGAAGCGUUCCAACAUUCAGCUGUACCGUGACUGGACGGUGACACAUCUGAAGCUGUUUGUUCACAUCGUGUGUGCCAUCGUGAUUGGAUUGCUGUUCGGCGAUUCGGGAAUUAACGCAACGAAAUCGAUCUCGAACGUGGCCUCGUUUCUGGUGCACAUACUGUACCUGUGGUACACGACACUGAUGCCCGGCGUACUGAAAUAUCCGUACGAAAUGAAUAUCUUGAAGAAGGAAUCGUUCAACCGGUGGUACAAAAUACGAACGUAUUUCGUGGCUUCCAUGCUGACGUCGCUACCAGUCCAGAUCUUCUUUUCGAUUGUUUACGCCUCGAUUGUCUACGCGAUGACGUACCAACCGUGCGAGCUGGAGCGAUAUCUCAUGUUUACGGCCGUGCUGGUGCUCAACACCAUCGUUGCCGAUGGGUUCGGUCUGUUUCUGGGCACGUUCCUGAACGAAAUCAACGGAACGUUCAUCGGUGCCAUCAUGACCUGCUUCAUGUUUGUGUUUUGCGGUUUUCUCAUCAUGUUCAGCCACAUGUCGGAUGCGAUGCGGGGCAUCAGCUACCUUUCGUCCCACCGCUACAGCUUCGAGGCCCUCGUGCUGACCGCCUACGAUGACAGCCGGACCGACCUGGUGUGCCCGAAGGACGAGAUGUACUGUCAUUACGUGAAAGCCAACACGAUACUACGGGAGCUGGGUGUGGUGUCCGGCAACUAUCUGUUCAACGUGGUAACGCUGGUCGUGCAUUUCGUUGCAAUUAAGGUGGUCGGUUUCUGGACGCUGAAGCGCAAGCUGAGGAUGGGCUGAAGUGAAAUGGUUCGUGAUAGUAAACACACACACGCACACACACAAAUACAUGCAGGGGAAUACACACAGCAAAUAAAUACAAAUACACACAUACACACACACACACGACUUAAGCACGGGUAGCAAGUCAUACCGGCGUGCCGGACCAGGCUCCAGGUACUGGUUGGCUGGCAUGGCUGGAGUAUGGUGCAGCAGUAGCACUAGCAAAACCCUUAAGUGGAAUGGAUUGUGAUUAAUAUUUCGUUGUACAUGUUUGGUACUUUAACGUUUUAAUAUGCUUCAUACGUGUGAAGCGGUGUACAUUGAGGAUAUAUACUAGUGAUCAAAAGCCGGCUCGACUUUUAAUUCCAGCCGCUCGUUAUCUGCACGGAUAAGGAGAGCAAACGCAUUAAAGAGGUACAAAUGGAAAUGUUCAAA